AUGUCUGCCAGGAGGCGUACUUUGCUGAAGGUCAUCAUUCUCGGGGAUAGCGGGUGCCGUCGGAAAGACGUCGCUCAUGAACCAAAGUUCAGCGCACAAUAUAAAGCAACCAUUGGAGCCGAUUUUCUAACGAAGGAGGUCCAAGUAGACGACAAGCUUGUAACCAUGCAGAUCUGGGAUACAGCCGGGCAGGAGCGGUUUCAGAGCCUGGGAGUGGCGUUUUACCGGGGAGCGGACUGCUGCGUGCUGGUGUACGACGUGAACGUGAUGAAGUCGUUUGAGAACCUCGACAACUGGCGGGAGGAGUUCUUGAUACAGGCCAAUCCAGCAGAGCGAGAUCUGUUCCCGUUCGUGGUGCUCGGCAACAAGAUCGACGUGGACGGUGGCAACAGCCGCGUGGUAUCGGAGAAGAAGGUGAAGGCGUGGUGCGCAGCCAAGGGCAACAUCCCCUACUUCGAAACGUCCGCCAAGGAGGACUACAACGUGGAGGCCGCCUUCCAGUGCAUCGCUAGAAACGCGCUCAAGAAUGAAACCGAGGAGGACUUCUACUUGCCAGACACAAUUGAUGUGAAUGCUGCACGGGCCACCAAGGCAUCGUCAUUCGGCAGAGGUGCUCACAGGGGUGAGGGCUCGCAGUGGGGUGAGGGCUCGCAGUGGGGUGAGGGCUCGCAGUGGGGUGAGGGCUCGCAGUGGGGUGAGGGCUCGCAGUGGGGUGAGGGCUCGCAGUGGGGUGAGGGCUCGCAGUGGGGUGAGGGCUCGCAGUGGGGUGAGGGCUCACAGUGGGGUGAGGGCUCGCAGUGGGGUGAGGGCUCGCAGUGGGGUGAGGGCUCGCAGUGGGGUGAGGGCUCGCAGUGGGGUGAGGGCUCGCAGUGGGGUGAGGGCUCGCAGUGGGGUGAGGGCUCGCAGUGGGGUGAGGGCUCGCAGUGGGGUGAGGGCUCGCAGUGGGGUGAGGGCUCGCAUAGGGGUGAGGGCUCGCAGUGGGGUGAGGGCUCGCAGUGGGGUGAGGGCUCGCAGUGGGGUGAGGGCUCGCAGUGGGGUGAGGGCUCGCAGUGGGGUGAGGGCUCGCAGUGGGGUGAGGGCUCGCAGUGGGGUGAGGGCUCGCAGUGGGGUGAGGGCUCGCAGUGGGGUGAGGGCUUGCAGUGGGGUGAGGGCUCGCAGUGGGGUGAGGGCUCGCAGUGGGGUGAGGGCUCGCAGUGGGGUGAGGGCUCGCAGUGGGGUGAGGGCUCGCAGUGGGGUGAGGGCUCGCAGUGGGGUGAGGGCUCGCAGUGGGGUGAGGGAUCGCAGUGGGGUGAGGGCUCGCAGUGGGGUGAGGGCUCGCAGUGGGGUGAGGGCUCGCAGUGGGGUGAGGGCUCGCAGUGGGGUGAGGGCUCGCAGUGGGGUGAGGGCUCGCAGUGGGGUGAGGGCUCGCAGUGGGGUGAGGGCUCGCAGUGGGGUGAGGGCUCGCAGUGGGGUGAGGGCUCGCAGUGGGGUGAGGGCUCGCAGUGGGGUGAGGGCUCGCAGUGGGGUGAGGGCUCGCAGUGGGGUGAGGGCUCGCAGUGGGGUGAGGGCUCGCAGUGGGGUGAGGGCUCGCAGUGGGGUGAGGGCUUGCAGUGGGGUGAGGGCUCGCAGUGGGGUGAGGGCUCGCAGUGGGGUGAGGGCUCGCAGUGGGGUGAGGGCUCGCAGUGGGGUGAGGGCUCGCAGUGGGGUGAGGGCUCGCAGUGGGGUGAGGGCUCGCAGUGGGGUGAGGGCUCGCAGUGGGGUGAGGGCUCGCAGUGGGGUGAGGGCUCGCAGUGGGGUGAGGGCUCGCAGUGGGGUGAGGGCUCGCAGUGGGGUGAGGGCUCGCAGUGGGGUGAGGGCUCGCAGUGGGGUGAGGGCUCGCAGUGGGGUGAGGGCUCGCAGUGGGGUGAGGGCUCGCAGUGGGGUGAGGGCUCGCAGUGGGGUGAGGGCUCGCAGUGGGGUGAGGGCUCGCAGUGGGGUGAGGGCUCGCAGUGGGGUGAGGGCUCGCAGUGGGGUGAGGGCUCGCAGUGGGGUGAGGGCUCGCAGUGGGGUGAGGGCUCGCAGUGGGGUGAGGGCUCGCAGUGGGGUGAGGGCUCGCAGUGGGGUGAGGGCUCGCAGUGGGGUGAGGACAUGCAGUGGGGUGGAGUGUUUUAA